GUACAACUUCUACGCCUGCUACGAGGAGUUCUUGAAAAUGCGGAAAAUGUCGAAGCUCUUGACAGCAGAGGGUUCAACCCUUUUUGCGAACAUAACCAGCCUUGCCGGUGUUUCCGCGCAUGUAAAAACAGCCGAACCUGGUGUUCGCCCGGACUUCAUUUUGCGGCUUAAGAAAUUCACGCUGGAGUUGAAAGAUGAUCCUUUCGAGUGCAAACUGAGUGAUGAUUUUGUGGUACUCUUGGAUGAAUAUGUGGAACAGCAAAAACGCGUCACUUCCAUGCGAACGCAGCUUGAAAACGCUGCCAAAGAGGGUAUGCGUAUCUCUGAUGCCCAGACACGAACUUGCCUGGCACGUUUAGAAUUACAGAGAGCGGAUGAGUACAUUGCCCGCUUGCGCCGCUUCUACGCGGGCUACGAGAUGGCCGAUGAUCUAUUCACCUGGCGGAUGGACAACCUUUGUCUGCAGGCCAUCACUGAUCCCCUGCUGAUCGGAUCCGAGAAUGUUCUGCGACAUCUUCGAGACAUGGACAACGUC